AUGGCCGCCCUUGUCUUCUCCUUCUUCUGGUGUCCUUGUUGCGAGUGCGGCUUGCCCGUGUGGUACAGUAUACACACAUUUCAGCAGCAAUCGCAAGGAUUCCAACCCCCCUCCCCCCUCCCCCUUUUGCGCGCGGAAGCUGAUUCGCUCCCGACAGCUGCAGCAUGUAUCUCAAAAUACUCAGCCCACCAAGUCCAGAGCGAAAGAAAAAGCAAAAAAGCAGGGCGGACAUGGGAUGCGCAUCGAAUCAGGAUGCAUACUUCAGAUUUCCUUCCCUGGCUCCCCUCCCUGUCCCUCCAGGAUCUUCCAACACCACCACGUUCAAAACACGGCCUUGGAACGCCUCCAAAGAGUCUCAGUAACUCAGGCCACAGCACUUUCUUCCUCCAGCGACCACUUCAUACCCAACCCGUCAUUGCCGAGCAUCCUCUGUUUCCAUAUUGGUCCAUGACGUGA